AUGGCCGACCCCUCCCCCUCCUCGUUCUCUUCCUCCCCCGGGACCACCCCGCUCCGUCCACCUUCUGCCCGCAUCUUCUGGAUCGUCGACAACUGGCCCUCCAUCCUCGGCGGCACCGUCCUCACCCACUACGCACACUACCAGUACCUCUCCCGCGUCCGCAGCCCGCACCCGAACCCCGUCAAGAAUGCCCGCUUCUGGGCUCUAGCCUCUGGCGGAUGGAUGCUCACCUACCUCGGCAUAUGCACCGGAAUCGCCGUCGCCCAAGCCAAACUACAAUCACUACUUGACUACCGCCUCGCAACAGAACGAUCCUGUCCCAGCCAGCUGCCCGCCAUGUCCGCCGACUUCUGGGCAGGCUACAUAAGCGGCGCCGUAGGCAUCAUCAUCGGCAACCCCCUCGACCUUCUCAAAGUCCGCCUCCAAGCUCGCCCGGCCUCCGCCCCCUCGACACCCCUCCCCUCCGCCUCCUCCCCGCUCCCGCUCCCGAGCCCCACCGCGGCCGCAGCGGCAUCCUACCUCCGCCAUUUCGAAUCCCCCGCCUCCCUCGUCACCGGCUCCGCCGCCCCGAUCCUAGGCUACGGCGCCCUCAACGCCCUCCUCUUCGUCUCCUACAACCGCACAGAGGCCGCCCUCAACCGCGCCCUCGACGUCCAGUCCAGCCUCUGGACCACCUGGCUCGCCGGCGCCGUCGGCGGCCUCGCCACCUGGGUCGUGAGCACCCCGACAGAGCUGAUCAAGUGCCGCGCCCAGCUCUCCUCCCCGCCCGCCUCGAGCUGGGCCAUCACCAAGGACGUCUGGCGCGCCGAGGGGAUCAGGGGUCUCUACUUUGGCGGCGUGGUGACUGCGCUGCGGGAUAGCGUCGGGUACGGGUUUUACUUUUGGUCGUAUGAAAUCACCACGCGAUGGAUGGGCGCCGGGGGCGACGGCGUGAAGGAGACGAAUCUGAAAGAGGAGGCCGCCAAGGUGUUGCUCUGCGGUGGUCUCGCGGGCAUUGUGACGUGGUUGAGCAUCUUCCCGCUCGACGUCAUCAAGACCCGCGUCCAGACGCAGGCGUUUCAGGCACAGGCACAGUCACCCGAGAGGUCACCUUUGCUUGCGGCACAAGGGCUAUCGCAGCAGCAGCAGCAGCAACAACAGCAGCCGGCGAAGCGUGCAGGCGCAAUGCAGGUCGCGAGAGAAGCCUACCGCGAGGGCGGGAUGCGAGUCUUCUUCCGUGGGCUCACGGUCUGCAGCGUGCGCGCCUUCGUCGUCAACGCGGUUCAGUGGGCAGUGUACGAGUGGGCGAUGUAUGAGAUGGGCGAGGGCCGAAGGCGGCCUGCUGCUGCCAUUGAGCCUGUGGGACAAGUCAUGUGA